AUGAUAAGGUGCCACUUGGUGUGGCUCCUGGCGUUGCUCACUCAAAGAGUGACGUCAUCCGAUUCGGUCGACUGCAGCUUCGACGUCGGCGAGUGCGGCUGGAAGUUCGGCGAGCCUUGGAACGUCGCCGCCGCUGUCUUUGUCCCUGGAAUUUUCGGCACCUCGAGGAAAUUGGAAUCUUGUAAAUUUUAUAGUUAUAGCCUAUCCCAAUAGCUGCUUUACAUGGAAAGAAAUUGUGAAAAUUAAAAUGAAGGCCUUUUUUCUUUUCCUCCAGAAAAUCCAUACUCCUAGAGCCUGUCUGCACUCUCCUUUCUCUCGCCGGCGAGGUCAGAGAAGCGGGAAAAUAGCACAUAAACAUGAGAGAGUCGCCGAGAGACGAGGAGGGUGCAGAGAAAGAGGAAGGAGUGUUUUUGCGUGUCUGCGUCUCUCUGUCUCUCACCGGCAGAAACUCGAAAAUUGCACGUCGAUUUGAGAGGGUCGUUUAGAGACGAGGAGGGUGCACAGAAAAAUGAAGGAGUGUUUUGCGUGUCUGCGUCUCUCUGUUCUCUCACCAGCGAGGUCAGAGAAAUAUGAAAAUAGCACGUCAACAUGAGAGGGUCGCCGAGAGACGAGGAGGGUGCAGAGAAGUCCCUUCAAGUCGCGAAAAAUGGACUAUUGCUCAAUUUUUUUUCUACUUUUUUAUCCACACUAUGAAUAUGGAAUGAUUAAGUUAUGAAAAUUCUGUGAAUUCCCAAUUUUCAGUCGGACCAUUCCUGGUGGCUCAGGGACGAUUUGGAGGCCCUCAAAAAGGUGCCACUGAGACGAAUUGGCUGGAUCCGAAUCCGGCGAUGCGUGUUCUCUCUUUUCGAUAUAUCAAACUGGGAGACGCGAAAUUGAAGGUUCAGUUGAAAAAAAACCGUUUUUUGAGCAUUUCUAUGUAGUUUUCAUUUCAUUACCCGCUGGAGUUUCCAUUUUUUUUUUGAAAAUUUUCCUCUUGGAUUUGCAUAGCCCUUUCCUAGGAACGCCAGAGUGGUCCCUUUAGGGGCUUUUGAAGGUUCCCCUCUAGGGCCACUUUACCUUUCCUAGGGGUCACUAUACGGUGCAAAAAGGGCCCUUGAGAGUUUUAGUUAGUGGCCCCUAUAGGGGCAUCCUAGUCGAUUAUUGUUAUGAAGUCCUAGCCCUCUAGGGGCCUCUUGAGUUUUAUUAAAAUCGUCAUUUUGAUUUCCAAACCCUAUAGGGACCACUUGAGCUUUCAGGAAUUAGGAAACCCCUAAAGGAGGCCCUGUUUUGUCCCCUAUAGGGCCCGUUUUUCGCCAAAUUUCUAUAGGGGCCACUUGAGCUUUCGAGACUAAGGAAACCCCUGAAGAAAGCCCUAUUAUGUCCCCUAUGAGGCCCUUUUUUUGCCCGACCCCUAGAGGGACCACUUGAGCUUUCGGGACGUAGGAAGCCUCUAAAGGAGGCCCUAUUUUGUCCCUCAUAGGGCCUGUUUUUGCCCAAUCCCUAUAGAGACCAUUUGGUGUCCCUUUGUUCAUCGCUAAUUUAGAUCUCUGAGUCUCUUCUUUUUGCACGCUUUUUCGCUAUUUUCAUUAAACAAGUCUCAAGCUAAUGGUGAAUGAACUAUUGAUUUUUUUUUCUUCAAAAAUAAGCCAAAAUUCAAGGUUUUACUCCGGAAAGAAGGAAAUGUCACGGUUCUGGAUUCUCUGGAGGGAAAUCCAAUCAGCAUUUGGACGACUAGAAAUAUCGUUGUCCCUUCUUCGAAUUCUCCUGUCCAGGUUUUUCCAAGCAAAAAAAUUCAUUUUAAUGGGAAAAAAAUUUAGAUAAUCUUCCUUUCUGAUGACGUCAAAAACGGCCACGACGUCGUGGCGAUCGAUGACGUCACUUUGCAACAUUCCGACGGAGUUUUGGCGGCAGGAAGGGGGGAUUUGAAAAAUCAGUGGGCCGGGUGGGUUUGAUGGACUUUUUGAAAAAAAGAUUUAUUCAAUUUUCUACGAAUUGACAUUCUUCGUAAUGGAUUUAGGAUGCAUUGGAAUAAUUUUUUUCUAAUUUUUUUGGCUUUUUUUAACUGCGCUCGACCUUGAGCGACUUUAGUUCUAUGUUAGAGGAUGCUUCCGGGCGCAAGUAGUUUUUGGUCGGGCGCACUAAGCAUGUUAAGAAGAAGUUCUUCAAACGCGACGCAAUGUCACAAAAGUUUUUCAAGUCGAGAGAGCAUGGGAAAUGAGGAGACGCUUGAGAGUAAAAAGUCUGCGUCUCUGCAGUUUCAACACUCUCUCGCUUACUUGAAAUUCCAUCAUUCAAGCAAAAGUUUUGUAGUUUGAACCCCAGAAAAUUAUUCAAGUGGAAAAAUAGCCUUCCUAAUUCCAGCAAGUGCGCCCUACUGUAAAUAAAUUUCAGAUUGAAUCAGAAAAAUGAAAAAUGUAAAAAUCAGGGUUUUCAGAGUUCCAUUUACUUUUUCGAUGAACAAAAAAAGUCAAUAAAAUAAAUAAAUUUAGAAAAAGAUUCGGUUCAUUUUGUCCGGAACGAUAUUGAGCAACGAGAAACGCGCAGAGCUCCAAAGUCAGGUGAGAAUUUAGAGAUUUUCGCCAAAAAUUUUAAAUGGCCACUAUAGGGUUUUGACGUUUUAGUGACCACUAUAGAAGUCAAAUUAGUAGCCACUUAAGGGGUUAAAAUUUAGUGGCCACUAUAGAACUCUAAGUGCUAUUACUGGACCACUUAGUGGCCACUUUAGGGGUCAAUGGAUCAACAUAACUGGUCCAAUCUGUUUGUAUUGAAAUUAUCAGAGUUAAUGGAAGGAAUACUGGAUGAAAAACUACUGAGUUGGCCCCUAAAAUGGAAAAUAGUGGCCACUUUAGUGUCCUAUCCAAAUGGUCCUUGGCGAGCCUCCAUAGGGACCACUAAAAAUUUUCACAGAAAAACGGAAAAAUAAAAAUCCAGACUUUUUAGAGAAAGACCGUGGCGUUUGUUCAAUAAUCAAAUGUUCAUUCCACGGGAAUUCCUGCUCUUGGUGAGUAGGAACUCUGACCUCUCUGCGCCCUCUUUUCCCUCAUCAAAACGAGAGAGUUUGGAAAAAAAGGAGAGCGCAGAGAGGUCAGUAUAAGGAACGCCAGAGUGGUCACUAAAGGGGAAAAUUUUAAUGUUUUUGUAGACUGCCCUCAAGUGACCACUUGCCUCUCCCUCUAGGGGGCUCUAAAACGUACAAAAGUGGCCAUUCUAGGGGCAUGCGGUCCCUAUACGUCUUUUUAACUUCCAAGUCAUAACAGAAGAAUCAAGAGGCCACUAUAGGGAUCACUAAAUCUUCAAGGACUUGGUUGUCAGCCCAAAAACCACUUUAGGGACCACCUAAAAUUCGGCCCUCUAGGGAAAACUUUGUUGUGCCCUAUAAUGACCACUCUGGCGUUCCUGGAUUUCUUCGAAAAACAUCGAUUUCACUCCAGGGACCACUCAAACUUCCGGGUUCUGACGUCGAAAAUCGUUUCUGAAGUGGCUGGCGAAUCGAUUCUCAUUUCAGAACCGGCGAUUCUGCCAAUGAAUGCUCACUUUCAAAUGGACCUUUUUUCAAGGUAGGGUCAAGUUGGUCGCAUGGAGAAUGGCUCGACGCGGAGCGGUUGGAAUGAAGUUGCGCCCGACCCGAAACGGCUUUCGCGCAUAUCGUUGUAUUUAUACUUACUUACUUACUUAGAUGGUCCAUCUUCGCUUUCGACCUUUUAUUGCCUUUUAUUGAUCGAAGCGUGGACCACACGUUUUCCAGGAGGUCUUAUGCAAUCGGUCAUCCAGUGUUGUCCUGGUUGACUGGUAUUCUUGCAAAAAAGUUCCACCCGUGGUGUUGAACGUGUUAUAGCAUAAUUUUGGUCUGAUUAUCCUUUUUGCCUUGCCAGGGCUAAAAAAGACCGCCCAUUCUGUUAGCAGAAGCAAGCCGAACUGCGUGACCGGUGUACCGUUAGCCGCCAUAAAUGGCGUUGCCUCCCCAUCACCGCGUAGAGGUGGUACUUGAAGAAUCGUUGUAUUUAUUUAUUUUUUUUGACUUUAAUCGACGGGAUGUGGCUUUUGAAGCGUGGUGAAAACAAACCGGGCUUUUUCGGAGCCAAAUCGUAAAUUAUAAACCCGUGGAAAUAAUUUUAAUCUGGCCAGAAAAAAAUGUGAAACUUUUUUAGUAGGUUUUUGAGGUUGAUUAAUUAAUUUAAUUGCCGGGAAACGUGAAAAACGUUCAAAAACUCUACAGGAAACUUGAGAGACAAAGUUCCAAAUCCAAGCUUGAACCGCAGCGCGACCGCGACGCGUUGAACCAUUCCCCAUGCGACCAGAAAAAUAUGAAUUUUUUUCAACAGUGAAGCGUCAUCAACGACGGUUUUUCUCCGUUCCGGCUCAGAAGAAUCCGUAAUUUGGACCAAAGGAGAUCUCACCGAGCAGGGAUGGAACCGGGUUCGGUUCCCGCUCAGGUUUUUGCCAUUUCGAAAAAAAAAAACUUAAAAAGGGUCUCUAGAAAAAGGGAGCCUUGCUCGAGUUUUUAAAGGCUCAUUGACCGAUUUAAAAAAAAGGUCUCAAGUUUAAAAAUUGUUUUUUUCAGUGUUUUUUUAUAGGUUUCAUAAGACUUUUUCCGGUUUGAAAGAUGAAAAUAAAAAAAGUUUUUGACAAAAGGAAAAUCUUCAAAAAAUUCCAGAAAACUGUGAAAAUAAAAAUUUUUUCGAUUAGGGUUUUCAGAUUUUCCCCGCUUCCUUCAACUAUUAUGAUCCGUUCUUUUUCGCCUUCCGGCGGUUUCAUCGCAAUCAGCAACACUGAUAUCGUCGAUGAAAGCGGCAAUGCUAUCACCUGUGGUAACUUUUGUUAUUUUACCAUAAAACUAUUGAAAAAAUGAAUGUAAACACGAAAACGACAUGAAAAACGAGGUGAAAAUCCUGAAUAUUUGUGUAAAUUAACCAAUCGUACUCAUUUCGCAACAUAAUGACGUAAAGUCAUGGUUUGAACAUAAAUUUAAGAACGGAAUCGCAAAAAAAAACAAAACGAAGAAGUGUUUUUGGUAAAGUUCGCUCCAGCGUACACCGUAAAGAGGAGCGUCGCCAUUUUUUGCAUCGACUGAAUUAUUUCUUCUUUUCUUCAUAUUUUCAGCUUUUCUCUAAGAAUUUUCGUUAUUAUUUGCUAUUAUAUUAGAAUAAAAUUUCGAUUGCUGACCUUGAAAUGCUCUUUUGAGGUCUCAAAGAUUGAAAAUUUCGUUCAGGGCUUAUUUUUUUUCCAUUUAUAUGCUCGUGAACUUGUUUUUUCACUAUUCUAUAAGGAAGUUUUGUUGAAUGUUCAUGUAAUAAUGUAGGAAAUUUCAACAAUUUCAUGAAAUAUAUUCUUUCAAACCUUUUUAUUGUCACGCUAUUCAAAUAUUUCGAUUCUUUCGAGAAUUUGGUUGAAAAUAUUGGAAUUUAGCCGAUUCACGGCUAGUUUUGGACUUGUCUGUGCUCUCUAACAGCCAUGCAUUCUCUGUUUUUUUUUUUAUCGUUUCAAGAUCCUUUUUCCAUGGUUCAAGCCAGCCGUGAAUCAGCUGUAACUGGACUUAGAAUCUCGGCACAAGUGAAAUAAUCUUGGAUUUGAAUAAAUUCUUCAGAAAACAUGUAUAUUUUUUUGAAAAAAAUUCGUAAUCUUUCAGGAUCAAACACGCUACCCAUCCGACCGCAAAGGGAGGAUUUUAUCCGACUGACGGCCUAUCAGAAACUCGAUCAAGCCUCUUCUUCUUCAGUGAGAAGAACUUGUUCAAAAUGAUGAGAAAUUAUACUUUUCAAGCAAUUCGCGGCUCCGCUAUUCACGCCUGAACCAACUAAACUCUCAUCACCGAUACCCCGAAGGCCUCUGCCGACGUUGGCCUUGGCAAGAGAUCCCAAGCCAAUUUUCGCUUCUUUGCCUAUUUCUCCGUCACAGGUUGGGAAAAUUGAGCUUUUUUUCAGAUUCUCAUGUUCACAUAUGCAUGUAAAAAAGAGUUCUCUGAAAAUCGAAAAUUUUUUUGAAUUUUCCCUAGAAAAACUACGUUUUUUCCAAGAAAAAAGAUAUUUUUAUUGCUUUUUUUCCGUUUCUUUUUUUAUUUCCAAUAUAUUCUUCUAACAGAACAGAUCUUAGGUAGAUUUUCCUUGUUAGUCCUUUUUUUUUAGUUGUCUGUUUAUUCCAGCUUGUAAACCUGAAUUUUGAAGAUUCUCAUAAAAUUACCAUUUUUAUCAUAUUUCAGAGCAAGUUUGCAAAAUUUAGACUUCCAUUUUCGAUUUUUAUAAAGUUUAGAUUUUUAUGUCAGAGCUUUGAACAUCUACUACGAAGUUUUUUAAAUUUUUUUUUCAGUUUUUCAACUUAAUUUUUCGAAUGUUGAAAGCUUUUCCAGUGAUAUAAAGCAUCCAAAAUUUAAAAGUGAGCUCGAAAAAGAAGUAAAAAUGACGAAAAUUGCAUCAAAAAUUUCUAAAAUCGUUUCAAAACUGGCUCUUAACCCCUAUAGGGGCCACUUAAGCCUAAGGGGCGUCAGGGUUAGACUUUAAAGCCCUAUAGGAACCACUUGAGCUCAAGGGGGUGUCGGGUUCAAACCCUAAACCCCUAUAGGGGCCACUUAAGCUUAAGGUGCGUCAAGGUCAGAACCUUAACCCCUUAAGGGACCACUUGAGCUUAAAAAGACGUCAGGAUCAGAACCUUAACCCCUUAAGGGACCACUUGAGCUUAAGGGGCGUCAGGGUUCAGACCCUAAAUCCCUAUGGGGACCAUUUAAGCUCAAGGGGUGUCGGGUUUAGACCUUAAAUCCCUAAAGGGGCCACUUAAGCUUAAGGGGCGUCAGAAUCAGAACCUUAACCCCUUGAGGGACCACUUGAGCUCAAGGGGUGUCGGGUUCAAACCCUGAACCCCUAUAGGGACCACUUAAGCUUAAGGUGCGUCAAGGUCAGAACCUUAACCCCUUAAGGGACCACUUGAGCUUAAAAGACGUCAGGAUCAGAACCUUAACCCCAUAAGGGACCACUUGAGCUUAAGGGGCUUCAGAUUCUAAACCCCUAUAUAAAUUCGGCAGAUUUCCUCGGCGGGAGUCACGGCGUUGCCCAUCCGGCCAGUCGCAACUUAUUCGCCUCCGAAUCUCGAAAACUCCACAAAUGGAAAGCAAUCUCUGGAAGGAAAAUUCAGCGAAAUCGCUAAAGUAAUCCCUUGACAAAGAAAGAGGAAAAAAAGAUUUUUAGAAAUUCGGUCUGGGACAGCUAAUUUCCAAUGGGGGAGCCGAGAAAAAUGGUCUUCAUCUUUUGGAGGCUCUUUCUAAUUUGAGGAGUACUGGGAUUCAAGUUGUGAGUUCAAUUUUUCUUGGUGGAAAUUUGAAACUCGGGCAAAGUCGGAAUGGUGGUAAAGGCCGCGAAAAGGGAGAGGCUCAAAAAAGGCUGCAAAAAAGGCUGCAAAAAGGCAGCGAAAAGGCCGCAGAAAGGCUGCAAAAAGGCAGCAAAAAGGCUGCAGAAAGGCCACAAAAAGGCCGCAGAAAGGCAGCGAAAAGGCAGCAAAAAGGCUGCAGAAAGGCAGCGAAAAGGCAGCAAAAAGGCUGCAGAAAGGCCGCAAAAAGGCCGCAGAAAGGCUGCAAAAAGGCAGCAAAAAGGCUGCAAAAAGGCUGCAAAAAGGGUCCCUUUAUCGAGCCUUCCAUUCUUUCUAGGAUUUUAAAGACUCAAGAAAUGGUGGAAAAAGGGAGAGGCUGCAAAAAUGAUGCAUAAUGGCCGAGAAAGUGGCGCAAAAAGGCAGCAAAAAAGGAACAUUUCAAUGAAGCCAUUUCCAUCUUUUCCUAUGAAAAAAGACUUUUAAGAUACUCCGGAAUGGAAAAUGUAUCAUUUAGAAGGUUGUAGACUACUUGAAAAAUACAUUUUUUGGAUUUUUAGUUGUUUUUUUGUUUUGGUUCAGUUCAAUUUUAGGCCAUUUUGAGGUCAAUUAGAAGAUUUUUUUAUUGACCUAUAACAUAAACAAAAUAACAUAGGCAAAGUCGGAAAAGGUUUCAUAGAAAUGUUCCUUUUUAGGAUGACAAAGGUUUUCUUUUUGCUGCACUUUUGCGCCAUUUAAUAGGCUUUUAUGCACCAUUUUUGCUGCCUCUUCCUUUUUCCACCACUUCUUGAGCCAUUAAAAUCACAGAAAAAAGGAAAGGCUUGAUAAAGGGACUCUUUUUGAUGCCUUUUUGCUGCCUUUUUUCGGCCAUUUUGCUGCCUUUUUGCGCCCUUUUUGCAGCCUUUUUGCGUCCUUUUUGCUGCCUUUUCGCGGCCUUUUUGCGCCAUUUUAUAGGCUUUUAUGCACCGUUUUUGCUGCUUCUCCCUUUUUCCACCAUUUCUGGAGCCUUCAAAAUCCGGAAAAAAUGGGAGGCUCGAUGAAGGGACCCUGCCUGCGGCCUUUUUGCUGCCCUUUUGCGGCCUUUUUGCAGCCUUUUUGCGGCCUUUCUGUUGCCUUUCUGGGGCCUUUUUGCUGCCUUUCUGCUGCCUUUCUGCAGUUUUUUUUUGAGCCUCUCCCUUUUAGCAACCAUUAUCCAUCAUCCCGACGUUGCCCGAGAAGGCUUCUAAUAAACUUAGAAAAAUAAUUUUUCCGAAUUUCCAGCCUCCUUCCCUGAAUCAAGCCCUGGCGUCGAAAAUCUCACAGGUUUUAGCGUAAGACCUUUUUUUUCAAAAAAUGUACUGAAAAUUGGAUUUUUCAGUCCUCCACCGGGAUACGGAGACGACUCCAAGCCAUUUGCCCGACAAAAUAUGGACCUUGUAGUGGAAAACGCCUUCCGAAAAUAUCUCAACGAGCAACUUACGUGA